AUAAGCCUGUUGUCUUUCCUCUCUCUCCACAUCUGAUCUUCGUGCGUGGACACACACGUGCUUGCUCAUUACUUGCUGCCGUGUGAUCAUCUAGUGCCUACGUCAUCAAGACCCCAUGGCCACCACCGCAAGAUCGUCGACGGCGGACUUGCUGCUCUACCUGUCGCUGUCGACGGCGAGCAAGGUGAUCGCCAAGGCCGGCGGCGGCAGGCACCACCGGGACCGCGCAGCAGACGGGGCGUUCCGGUGCCGCACCUGCGGCCGGAGCUUCGCCACGUUCCAGGCGCUCGGCGGCCACCGGACCAGCCACAACCGCCCCCGGGUGCGCGCCGACGGCCUCGACCUCCUGCUCGGCGCGCGCCCCGGCAAGGGGGCCGCCAGCGACGUCCACCGCUGCAACACGUGCGGCAUGGUGUUCACCACCGGACAGGCGCUCGGCGGACACAUGCGCCGGCACAGGGCGGCGGUGUUCGAUGCUGUCGUCGCCGCCGUGCCGGAGACGACGACGACGACGUCGUUCCGCGAUAGCGAUGAUGACGAGGGCCACUUGCCCAUUCAAUUAAUCCAGUUCAUAUGAUGAAUUGAAAGAUCGAUCAAAUUAUGUUUGGUUUGCAUUGGUUUGGUUGCAUCGAUCAGGAAAAUUAUAUUACACAACUUGAUCAGCGCAUGCUUAUAUGCGUGUCACAAGGGUUAUUUUAUUUUGUUAUUACUGAUCGAGUAUGGUUACUGUAAUAAGAAGUACAUAGUCUAUAUUGCAUUUUUUGUUCAUAACGGACCAAGCC